AUGCCUGAUAUUGGAGUAUUUGAUGGCAUAUAUGUUACAAGUAAAGAAGGACCUAGUGCAACGUUCAUUUUAAAAAGCGAUGGUAAAAUAACAGUUGAAAACCUUACUGCAGGAACAGAAUAUGAUUUCUGUGUCUCCACAAAAAGUGGAAAAAUGUUGAGCUCCUUUUACCAUGUGUCUGGUGUAAAAACCUGUCUAGCAGCUCCACUCAAUAUACGAGAAGGUAACAUUACAGACACUUCAAUACAAAUUGCUUGGGACCGUGCUGAUGGAGAUUUUCAGCAAUAUGAAGUUACAUGUACAAAUUGUGCAAGUGCUUUCAGGGUCCAGAAGGUCAGGCAAGAAACAGCAACAUUUUACAACCUUACUCCUGGUAAGCUGUACAACUUUACAAUUCGAACAGAGAAGGAAGGUUUCAGAGACAGUAUUUUUGUGACAAAGGAAAUAGAGACAGUACCAAGCGCAGUUAAAUACCUGAACUACAGCAGAGACUCUGAAUCAAUAACUGUUACCUGGCCACCAACCCAAAAUAUGUUUGAUGGAUAUGUUAUUUCAAUAAACAGUAAGGUCUUCAACGAGGAGAAAAUAUUACCUUCCAGUGUAAGAAUGUACAAAUUUGAGGGUCUUCUGCCAGGCACUGAUUUCUUAAUCAGUAUUGUGACAACCAAUGGAUUAAAAAGAAGUCACCCCACCAUCCUCAAGAUUAGCACCUAUCCCGAUCCACCAUCAGGUUUACAGGUGUUUGGGCAAGAAGAAAAUGCAGUCUAUUUUUCUUGGAAAGUACCAAGAGGAGAAUUUGAUAUGUUUCAGCUUUCAUAUUGUCUGAUGAAUAAUGAAAAGCUGCUUACCAGAACUGUUUAUGACAGCAGAGCUGUAGUGAAAAAUCUGGCCCCUGGGACAGAAUACUUUUUUCAGUUAAGGACAGUUAAAGGCUUGGAUUCCUCAGUGGCUGUGGAGAAAAAAGUCAUCACAAAACCAGCUGGGAUAUGCGGUCUGGCGUUAAAAAUGGUAAAUACUUCCUCUGCAACUUUAAUGUGGAAUCCAACCAAGACAAACUUCACUUCUUAUAAAGCAUCUUUAUCAAACAACACUUUUAUAAAGAAGUUCAGGAUUCCAGGAACACUGACUGACUUCAGUGUUACAGACCUGACUGCUGGGGCCAUUUAUAAUUUCACACUGCAAAGACUAAGGGGAAAUAUUGAAGGAGCGUCUGCUUCCAUUGAAAUUGUAACAGAACCUGCAAAGCCAGAAGGACUUAAAUUCUUCAAUGUUUCAUUAUAUUCUUUUUCACUGUAUUGGAGACUACCGUAUGGACACGUAGACAAAUUUCACGUGGAUCUUAUUCCUGAUCAUGGUUCUGUUGUUAUCCUAGAUCUUGGAGGAAGGGAGUAUCAAGCUGAUUUUUCUAAUACUCUUCCUGGAACCACAUACGAUGUUACAGUUUCUGCAGUUUCUUCUUCAUUAUACAGUUCACCUGCGAGUAGAACAGUGACAACAAAUGUGACAAAUCCUGGGCCCCCUGUGUUCCUUGCAGGUGAACGAGUGGGCUCUGCCGGGAUUCUACUUUCAUGGAAUACGCCACUGCAUCCGAAUGGGAGAAUUCUUUCCUAUAUUGUUAAAUAUAAAGAGGUCUGCCCAUGGAUGCAAACAGCUUACACACAGGUCACAUCAAAGCCUGAUAGUUUGGAAGUCCUUCUUACCAGUCUUAACCCUGGAACAACUUAUGAAAUUACGGUUGCUGCUGAGAACAGUGCUGGUGUUGGAGUAUUUAGUGAUCCUUUUCUUUUUCAGACUGCAGAAAGUGCUCCAGGUAAAGUAGUGAAUCUCACAGUUGAAGCCUUAAAUUAUUCAGCUGUAAAUCUGAUCUGGUUUCUCCCUCGGCAACCAAAUGGAAAGAUAACUAGUUUCAAGAUUAGUGUGAAACAUGCAAGAAGUGGAAUUGUAGUGAAAGAUGUCUUGGUUAAAGUAGAGGACCUUCUGUCUGGGAGGUUACCAGAAUGUAAUGAUAACAGUGAAUCAUUUUUGUGGAGUACUACCACUCCUUCAACUACUUUUGGCAAAUCCACAGUUCCUUCACGGACUACAGUUACACCAAGUACAGAGUCAUCAAGUCAAACAAGCUCUGUUUGGAAUGAGCCGAUUAGCUUCGUUAUAACUAACCUGAGGCCAUAUACGACCUAUCUUUUUGAAGUCUCUGCAGUCACCACGGAAGCAGGCUAUAUUGACAGUGCGAUUGUCCGGACACCAGAAUCAGUUCCAGAAGAUCCACCACAAAAUUUUGCCAAGAGCAACAUUACAGCGAAGUCUUUCUCAGUGAUGUGGGACCCACCAACCAUAGUAACAGGAAAGUUUAGUUACAGAGUUGAGCUGUAUGGACCAUCUGGUCAUAUUCUGGAUAACAGCACAAAAGAUCAUAAGUUUGUAUUUAGUAACCUUGUGCCGUUUACAACAUAUGACGUGUACGUCGGUGCUGAGACAAGUGCUGGGAUGGGGCCAAGGACUAAUCUUACAGUUUUCACUCCUGCAGAUGUCCCAGGUGCUGUAUCAGAUUUGCAUCUAGCAGAAGUGGAAGCCACAUAUAUAAAAAUUGUUUGGAGGAAGCCGCGACAACCAAAUGGAAUCAUUACCCAGUACAGAGUUAAAGUACAUGUGCAGAAAACAGAGGUGACUCUGGAAAACACUAUUCUUGAAGGGAAAAAUAAGUAUUUGAUUGAUUCUUUGGAACCAUACAUAAUAAAUGAAAACAUCAAACCUUCUCCCACUUGGAAUUCAAUGGAAACAGCCAAUGAAUUAUAUGAAGGUUCGGCUGAAAUGUUUUCCAGCAUUCAGACAGAUUCCCCAGUAAUAUUUACAAGUGUAUCUGGUGAUAAUUUGCAUGCAAUAAAUGGAGUGGAAGAAUUACAUUCUGCUUUGGAUAAUCAGUAUACCAUUAAUAUUUUGGCUGAAGAGCUGUCAUAUGUUAUAAAGGGCCUUGCACCUUUCACAGACUACACAAUCGGUGUAUCUGCUUUCACUGCUGUUGGAGAAGGACCACCAUCGGUUCUUAUGGUCAGGACACGAGAACAAGUUCCAAGCUCAGUACAAAAUAUAUCUUACAAGAAUAUCAGCUCCUCCUCUGUUGUACUGUAUUGGGAUCCUCCAGCAAAUCCCAACGGGAAGAUCAUUCAUUAUACUGUUUAUGCGAUGGAACUGGAUACAAAAAAAGCAUUCCACACAACAACUUCAAACAAUAGCAUACUUAUGACAGGUUUAAAAAAGUACACAAAUUAUAAAAUGAGAGUGGCAGCCUCUACCACAAUUGGAGAAAGUGCUUUGUCUGAAGAGAAUGAUGUUUUCGUGAGAACCCCUGAAGAUGAACCAGACUCCCCACCCCAAAAUGUAGAGUUAAUAGAUGUAACUGCAACAGAAAUAAAUCUGAGAUGGUUACCACCUGAGCAGCCUAAUGGUCUCAUAACUCACUAUGAAGUCCUGUACAGUGAUUCCAAUGAUUUAUUUAUUAAAAAUGCCUCAUCUACAAGUAUAUCACUAAGUGAAAUGAAGCCAUAUACUCUCUACAACAUCUCUGUAAGGGCGUUCACCAGACUUGGCCAUGGGAAUCAGUCAUCUUUCCCACUUCUGGUGAGAACUUCUGAAACUGUUCCUGAUUCUGCACCAGAAAACAUAACCUAUAAGAACAUCUCAUCCAGGGAAAUUGAAUUAUCGUUUUUUCCACCAUCCAUUCCCAAUGGAAUCAUACAGACCUACACAGUAUAUCUCAAGAGGAUUAAUGGAACUGAGGAAAGAGUCAUAAACAGCACUUUUCUGACACUACAUAUUACAGAUUUAAAGAAAUAUACAGAAUAUACUGUAGGAGUGUCUGCUAGUACGAAAGUGGGGGAGGGCCUUCGUAGUUCACCUCUGCAUAUACUGACUGAUGAAGAUGCUCCAAGUUCUCCUCCAGAAUCCCUCUCCGUAAAACAGUUGUCGGGUGUCACUGUGAAGUUGUCAUGGAAACCUCCGCUGGAGCCAAAUGGAAUUAUCCUCUAUUACACAGUUUACGUCUGGAAUAAAAUGUCAAAAAGGAGUCUUAAUGUAACAGAAACAUCAUUGCAGUUCACAGACCUGGAAAAUAACUGUGACUAUAGUGCUUACCUAACAGCAAGUACAAGAUUUGGAGAUGGCAACAUAAAAAGUGAUACUAUAACAUUCAGAACUUCCGAGGGAGCACCAAGUGAUCCACCGAAAGAUGUUGUGUACAGAAAUCUUACUUCCACAUCAAUAAUGCUAUUCUGGUCUCCUCCUCAAAAGCCUAAUGGAAAUAUACUGUACUACUCAGUUUAUUUCAAAAAUAAUUCAGGAAUAUUCAUACAGAAUUUCACGAGUUACGAUAACGACAGUCAUGUCAGUACGUCCCACUCUGCAGUUCUGGAUGACUUGGCAAAAUACAGCCAUUACACUGUAUGGUUAACUGCAAGCACAGCUUUUGGAGAUGGAAACAAAACCAGUGAAAUAAUAGACGUGUAUACAGAUCAGGAUAUCCCAGAUGGUUUUGUUGAAAAUCUGGUCUAUCAAAACAUUUCCUCAUCUUCUGUAAAUGUAAGCUGGCUUCCACCAUCCCAGCCGAAUGGCUUAGUCUUCUUUCAUGUUUCUCUAAGUUUACUGCAACGGGGAACCAAUAAGAUAUUGUCUUUCCUUACUUACAACACAAGCAUAAUUUUUGACAAUCUGGAGAAAUAUACUGAUUACAUCCUGAAAAUCACACCAGCUACUGAUAAAGGAUCGUCUGAACUGCAUGCUCUAAGUCUGCAUAUAAGAACUGAUGAAGAUGUCCCAGAAUCAGCACCUAUAAUCAAAACAUUUUCAAAUCUCUCAACUACCUCAGUUAUGCUUUCAUGGGACCCUCCUGUUAAGCCAAGUGGAAUUAUAAUAAGUUAUGAUUUAAAUUUAUUUGGGCCAGAAAGGAAUAACUCAUUCUCUACCACCAAUAAUUUUAUCGUCUUGGAAGACCUUCUGCCAUUCACAUUAUACAGCAUUUAUGCAGCUGCAAGAACAAUAAAAGGACCUGGUCCAUCUGCCAUGCUUCAGUUCUACACAGAUGAGUCAGUGCCAUUAGCUCCACCCCAGAAUUUGACCAUUACCAACUACACUGCAGAUUCUGUGUGGCUGAAAUGGGAUCCAAGUCCCCAGCCAAAUGGUCUUAUUAUGAGAUAUAAUUUUAAGAUUUAUCAAAACAACACUGAAAAACUAUUUUAUCAGAACAUUUCAGGUUCAAACCAUGAGGCAAACCUUGUUGGAUUAGAACCGUUCAGCCCCUAUUUCAUCAGCAUCUCUGCGUUUACCAAACUUGGGAAUGGCAAUCAGUUCAGUAAUGCUGUCCAGUUUACAACAAUGGAAUCAGUACCAGAUGCUGUCCAGAAUGUUCAUUGUAUUGCAACAAGUUGGCAAUCGAUCAUAGUGCAGUGGGACCCUCCUGCUUCAUCCAACGGUGUAAUUACUCAUUACAUUGUAACAGUUGAAGGAAAUUCUACAAAUAUUUCAUCUUAUGAUACACUGCAUACUUUCAGAAAUCUGCUUUCCAAUAUUACUUACCAAUUUAAAAUAAAAGCUGCAACAUCUGCUGGUGAUGGUGAAGAACAGAUAUGCAAUGCCAGUACGCUUCCAGAAAAAG